GCGGCUACGUCAAAUUUGAUUCGUUGCUUUUUUCCCUCGCUUUUGUUGUACAUUUUGACCUUUUCUGGCGCGAAAUAUUUGUACUUCAAUAUGCGACAAUGCAGCAGAUUUUGUGAGCAAAAUUUAAGAAGAAUGUUAAGCUGUUUGCUCGCCUUGGAACAUAAAAAUGUUUCUCAAACGCACACCUUAAAUCCCCGGGAGUCGUCAAGGGUGUUUCAUAUUAGUUAAAUAGAGUAAAACCUAACUUGAAAAAGCUUUUCCUAUCGCGAGUUGAACAAGUUAUUAUCCAAAUUUGCUGGCUUUCAUGUUCGUGUUAUAAUGUACUUUGUUUAUAGAACUACUGUACUCCACCGAAUAGCUUUAAUUUGUCUUUUUUAAUGUAUCAUUUUAUAUAUGCUCUGAGGAUGAAAACUUUUAAAUACAAAUUGAUGUAAGUUUCCUUGUAGGCUUUUUCUGUAAUAAUCAUUGAACCAGAGAUACUUCAAUGGAUGGGAAUAAUGGUGAGGCAAGAAAUACACAAAGUGAAAGUUUAUCUAUAAGUACAACUAAUGGUGCAUACAGAGUUGGCCAAAAUGGUGGGCUACCAACUUUUGCCACUCAACAACUUCCCAAUGGUUCAACACAAAUGCAAACUGCUUCGCCAGUUUUAAAUCCAGAUUCAAGACAAGACUCUUCAAAGGGACCAACGCGGCAAGAUAAUGUUACAAAUCCCAAUGUUGGUUUGACCAUAAGUGAUGUUACUGGGGCAGUGUCACAAGCUGUAAGCAGUAGUACAUCAGGUGAGGAGGCUAGGGCACAGGUUGCAGUGGAGACAACAGCUGGAGGUGUAUCAGGGACUGUGGUCAUACCACCGGAAUACUUGGCAGUGGCUGCUGGGGCUCAGGCAUAUGUACCAACGGAGUCACAUAAUGUGGCUGAAAGUGUAGCUCUUGGUGUUGAAGAUAUGGAUCAUGAAGAAAAAGAUAGAGAAGAAUAUGAAGUACUUAGGGAACAGGAUCGUUUUCUGCCAAUUGCAAAUGUUGCAAGAAUCAUGAAGAAAUCUAUACCAAAAACAGGAAAGAUUGCUAAAGAUGCAAAGGAAUGUGUACAAGAAUGUGUCUCAGAAUUUAUUAGUUUUAUCACUAGCGAAGCAAGUGAAAGAUGUCAUCAAGAAAAACGAAAGACAAUCAAUGGUGAAGAUAUCCUGUUUGCAAUGACCACACUAGGCUUUGAUCAAUAUGUUGAACCACUGAAAAUAUAUCUACAGAAAUACCGAGAUUCAAUGAAAGGUGAAAAAGGUUCCAUGGGGACAGUUAGUGAAGGAACAGAAAUAGACGAAGAAGGUCGAAAUAUAACCCAUUAUAGCAGUGCUCCAAUGCAUCCCUCAAUGAUCGCACCAGAACAAGCAAACACAAUAUAUGGGACGGCGUAUUCCACCCAGAUUCCACAAGCUCUACACUUUCCAUCAAUGUAAGGAAAAACGUGGCAAGUGACGUAAUUAAAAGCAAUUAUAUAUCAUAGUCUUUUACGAUCCUCCCCGCGAUCACAUCUCAACGCCGGUGUGGGUGCAGUAGACGGUAAACCUGGUUUUCCUAUAGCAGGUGAAUAAUCACUCCUCAGGAUAUUUACUACCUCAGUUGUCACAAGGCAAUUUGGUCAUCUUGUGAGCCACUGAGGUAUUUUGCUGUUCAUAUAUUAUGCAGGCCUAACUGUGGUACGAACUUCAUUUAUUGAUAUCCAUGCAGACGCGUGUGUUUCUCUGAAUCAAUUCAUUGGUAUAUGACUUGUUUAUGUUCCAUAUUAACAUCGAGUUUAUCGCUGGUUAGAAAUUUCAGGUGGUGCGGGCUAAUCAUAUAUUGUGAUAACGUAACAGUAGAAAAUAAGAAAAUAUUUUAAACAUGUACAUAUAUAAGGCUAUAUAUAGGCAUAAUAUUUUAAAGACCAAUUUGUCAUCGGUUUUUGUCGAAACGGGUUUUUCAGUUCGGACAUUGGGCUUCUGUUCAAGGCGUAUUUCUCCUGUAUGGUACCUAUAAAAGAUGAUGUAUGCAUAUUCCUCAGUCUAUAACAAAAAUCAUAUAUAAAUAUAUAAUAUCCGCCACAGGUGAACUUAUUAUUGCAAAGCUUUCUCUUCUGGUUCUUCAGCUGUGGCUGAAAGCCGGGAAUAUUGAACAAAAACUUUUCACUGUUCAUCGUGAUAUUAUAAAUAAUUUUAUUAUCAGAUUUUCACACCAUAUAUACUUUAACACUAUAUAAAAUGUACAGUAAAAUGUUCUUUUAAAAGUUUUUUUUACAAUAUCGUGAUUUAAAAUUGAAGAGAUCCUUACAACAAUAUUUUUAAAUAUCAUUUUUCAGUUCAUAUUUCUUCUAUAUAUUUGGUGUAAAAGCUGAUAAUAAAUUCUGUUUAAUACGUAAGAGUUUUAAGAAAAGCAAUCCUAGCAACGAUAAAUAAAUCUAAAAAUAAUUUGUGGUGAUCCUAAAAUAAACUUCAAGAAUAAAUAGACAAACAGUCGAAUUACUUUUUAUCUACUGUGGUUAUUGCGUUUAGCACUUGGAAACCACGAUGUUUGACGAAUGAACUUAAGCUGAUUACGUAGAUGUUUUAAGUAAGUUGCAUUCAUAUGCAUGCGUCAAGUAUAUUGGACAUUAAAAAAGAACU